AUGACUUCUCAGUGGGGAAAUCGGUCCAAGUGGACACUUGGUGUUCUGAGUCAUCCAGAAACAGACGAAGUUCCCGGCACCAUCCUACUCCUCGCUUCCGACCGAAAUGAGCCUCUCGGUUUGCGAAACCAACCAGCCCGGACAUCAGCUUCAUCACUUCCUUCUCCAUACCCGCCCAGCAGAUCAUCUUCCCGUUCAAUCGCUCCUGUGGCUAAGAGGACGCCGGAUGGGCGCAUUGUUCUACAUCCCCAGCCGGAGGACUCGGCAAAUGAUCCGCUAAAUUGGCCCAGCUGGCGUCGAGAUGCCGCUCUACUAUCAUUGGGCUUUUACUGUCUCAUGGGAGGUGGAAUGACUCCGGUUUUGGCUGCCGGCUUCAAUGACGUGGCGAAAGACUACACAGUGAGCAUCCAGCAGGUGGCCUACACGACUGGCCUUUACAUGUUGGGAUUAGGGUUCGGGUCUGUUAUCAUGGCGCCGACUGCAAUUCUGUGGGGAAAGCGACCUGUGUACCUGCUGGGAGCUACUUUGUUUAUUCUUUCGGCGGUAUGGUGUGCGCUUUCUCCCAACUACCCUAGUUUAGUGGUAGCUCGGAUUUUUAUGGGAAUUGCUGUCAGCCCAGUGGAAUGUUUGCCCUCGGCAACAAUUGCAGAGAUUUUUUUCCUGCACGAGAGAGCUUAUCGCAUCGGUAUAUAUACACUGUUACUCCUUGGAGGCAAGAAUCUCGUGCCACUGGCUAGUGCCGCUAUCAUCGGGGCGCUAGGAUGGCGUUGGGUAUUUUGGGUUGUUGCCAUCGUAGUUGGAGGCAGUCUCGUGUUCCUUUUCUUCUUUGUUCCGGAAACAUUCUGGGAUCGCACUCCUCGUCGAAAGCCAAAGUCAAAGCGACCUGGAUUCUACCGGAGUGUUUCUGAGCUCGCGCACGCCGGCUUUCGCGGCAGACAUCCGGAGCGACGAACUGACGAGAAACUAUCCGGCUGGCAGAGUCCGGGCAGUGUGCAAAGUCCGACCACCGAACGGACGCGGAGAGAUGUGCAUGUCGGCUUUGCUGAAGACCCGUCAGAUGAGAAAGUAGAAAAAGCCGUUGAGAUUUCACCGGAUGCAGGAAUUGGUCCUGACGAUGGAAACUCACCUUCAGACGCUAUGCGCCUUCCAUCGGCAGAUUCUACUCGACCGCCUAUCGGUAGCACAUCUCCAAAUGCGUCAACUACUUACGGGUCAUCAGGCCAUGCUCCUGGGUCCGUCGGGGCAGGUCAAUCAUCUCCAGCUGCUCCAGAUGUAGAGGCUGCCCAGGCAAUCAGUCUGUCUCCCAUGAGAGGUGAAUCCGAGGAACAUGUAGCAAUGAAUGCAUCCGCCCUGUACACUCAUAACCUACGCGAACAACCGAAGGUAUCUUUUCGACAGACACUCCGAGUAUGGAAUGGACGACUCAGUCAUGACAAAUGGUAUCGAGCAGCGAUUCGCCCAUUCAUUCUCUUUGCCUACCCAGCUGUUCUGUGGUCGGCUCUCGUUUAUUCCUUGUCUAUUGGUUGGCUGAUUGUUUUAUCUGAGUCGGUUGCCACGAUAUACGAGAAUAAAGAAACAUAUAAUUUCUCUGCUUUGGGCACGGGCCUGAUUUAUAUUUCUCCGUUUGUAGGCGGAGUUCUCGGUACGGCAGUCGCAGGACGAGUGUCUGACAUUAUUGUCAGGUUCAUGACUCGACGCAAUGGAGGUAUUUACGAGCCGGAGUUCCGUCUGGUAAUGGCGAUUCCAGUGGCACUUUCGACUGCCGCCGGUCUUAUGGGGUUCGGUUGGAGUGUGCAAGAAAGGGAUGCCUGGAUUGUACCAACUAUCUUUUUUGGAAUUAUUUCCUUUGGCUGCUCUCUUGGAAGCACUACGUCUAUUACCUUUUGCGUGGAUAGUUACCGACAAUACGCGGGCGAGGCUUUGGUGACCUUGAACUUUAGCAAGAAUGUCUUUCACGGACUGAUAUUCUCCCUUUUCAUCGUGGAUUGGCUGAAGAGCGAUGGCGCGCGUACGGUAUUUUUGGCCAUUGGAGGGAUACAAAUUGCAUGUCUGUUGACUUCUAUUCCGAUGUACAUAUUUGGGAAGCGGGCACGUAUGUGGACUGUGAAGAGGAAGUUGAUGGAGAAGUUCUAGAUGGCGACUAAAACAUAGAUUCGGUCUCGGUCUUUUGUUUUCUUGGUUGUUGGGUUGAUAUUAGAGUCGGAGGUAGCAAUUGUUUGUUUGAUAGGCGAGUUGAUGGUCGCAUAAAUGACCGUUACAUGUGUUUCUUCUUGGAUACCGUAGAGCAAUGAAGAAUAACAUCUUCAAUAAGUUAG